CGCUGCGAGCAGGGUUCACCACGAUUUACAGUCGAACUAGGGAUUCCGAAUCAGUGAAAAAGGAGCCGGAACCAAACAGAUGUCGUAACUGUGCCUUCCUUGUUUAUCACUCAUUCUGACAUCUUGGGGAGAUGAGCAUCGUAGGCUGAACCAAUUCUAGAAUACGGACCUAGAAAGCCUGAACUUAUUCAGUAGUUCCAUUGUAUUACGACCGGUCGUAGUUUUAUGGUAUAUGUUAUGGUUGCAUGACUUCAGCCCCUGAGACGUAGGCCUUGGCUCACUCAUGGUGGAUUCUGAGUUUGUGGUGAGGGCGCCCCCUCUGGAUGGGAGGGAUAUGGAGCUGGAUGUGCUGGGCUUCCUGGACUCUCUGGGGGAGGACAACACCACAGCAGCAGAGAGGUGCUACCGCUCCCACUCCCGCAGCAGUGUCCUGCAGGGCCUGCCUUUUGGAGGGGUGCCCACGGUCCUCGCCAUCAAUGUUGUCCUGUGGCUGUUUCUUUUGCUCAUCUUUUCCUGUUUGAGGAAGGCUGCGUGGGACUAUGGCCGUCUGGCUCUACUGAUGGAGAAUGACAGCCUCACGUCCCUGUUCUACGGAGAGCAGAGUGAGAAGGAGAAGUCCCCGUCAGAGUCCAGCCCGUCAGACUCCGACACCAAGGACUUGGGCUUCUGCUCUUGGCUUACAACACUUUACCAUAUGAAGGAUGAGGAGAUCAGGAGUAAGUGUGGUGUCGACGCUACCACCUACCUGUCCUUCCAGCGCCACAUCAUCCUGCUCAUGACUGUGGUCUGCCUGCUGUCUUUGGCCAUCAUCCUGCCUGUCAACUUUUCGGGAAACCUCCUAGGGGAUAAUCCUGAAAAUUUUGGAAGAACGACUGUGGCUAAUCUUCCUGCGAAGGACAGCUUCCUGUGGCUCCACAGUGUCUUUGCUCUGCUCUACUUCAUCAUCACAGUGCUGUGUAUGGCCCACCACUCCUCACGCCUUGAGUACAAAGAGGACGAGAAGGUGGCCAGGACUCUCAUGAUCACCUGCAUCCCCAGAGAGAUCUCAGACCCAGGCCUCAUCACCAAACACUUCCAUGAGGCCUACCCCAGCUGUACUGUCACUGACCUCCGCUUCUGCUUCAACGUACACAAACUGAUGAGGCUGGACUCUGAGAGACGGAAGGCGAUGAAAGGAAGGCUGUAUUUUGCCACUAAGGCCCAGAAGGAGGGGAAGAUCAUGAUUAAGACCCACCCCUGUGCUACCAUCUUCUGCUGUGACGUGUGCGGCUUUGAGCAGGUGGAUGCAGAGCAGUACUACAGUGAGCUAGAGGAGAAACUGACUGAUGAGUUUAAUGCAGAGAAGCAUCGCAUCUCGCUCAUGAGGCUGGGCAUCGCCUUUGUGACCUUUCGGGACGAAAGGAUGACUGCUGUUAUUGUCAAGGACUAUAGCAGGGUCCGUUGCCGUCAGAAACCACAGCAGUCAAGCAUCACCACGGUAGUUCAGUCUCACAGGUGGGGUGUAAACUACGCCCCGGCACCAAGCGACAUCAUCUGGGAGAACCUCUCAGUGUGUGGCUCCCGCUGGUGGCUCCGCAGCGUCCUGCUCAACAUCCUCCUCUUCCUCAUCCUCUUCUUCCUCACCACUCCUGCCAUCAUUGUCAACACCAUGGACAAGUUCAACGUCACCCGGCCUGUGGACAGCCUGAGGAGCCCGAUCAUCACUCAGUUCUUCCCUACUCUAUUGCUCUGGUCAUUCUCUGUCCUGCUGCCCUUCAUAGUCUAUUACUCAGCCUUCUUCGAGUCUCACUGGACCAGAUCCAGUGAGAACCAGAUCACGAUGCACAAGUGCUUUGUACUGUUGGUGUUCAUGGUGAUCAUCCUGCCCUCGCUGGGUCUCUCCAGUCUGGAUCUGUUCUUCAGGUGGCUGUUUGAUGUCAACUUCCUGGAAGACAAGGAUGUUAAAUUGGAGUGUGUGUUCCUGCCUGAUAACGGCGCGUUCUUUGUAAACUACGUGAUCACGUCCAGCCUGAUCGGCACGGCCAUGGAGCUGCUGCGUAUCCCAGCUCUGAUGGUGUAUGCUCUGCGUCUCUGUUUGGCCAAGCCCGGGGCCGAGCGCAUCCACGUCAAACGGAGCCAGGCCUAUGAGUUCCAGUUUGGUCUGGAGUACGCCUGGACCAUGUGCAUCUAUGCUGUUAGCAUGACUUACAGUAUCACCUGUCCCAUCAUCAUGCCCUUUGGGCUGCUCUACCUGAUCCUGAAACACAUGGUGGACCGUUACAACAUCUACUAUGCCUACGUGCCCACCAACCUCAACCAGCGCAUCCACACUGCAGCCAUCAGCCAGGUCAUCGUGGCGCCCAUCCUCUGCAUGUUCUGGCUCCUGUUCUUCUCUGUGCUCAGGCUGGGCCCAAUGCGUCCCAUCACCCUCUUCACAUUUGUGUCGCUGCUCUCCUGCCUUGUCUUCUCCCUCUUCAGCUUAUGCCUUAGGAAACAGCCUGACAAGUCAUCAAGCUACCAGAUGUUUGACCAGAUGUCUGCUGACCAGCCAGCAGAAGGGGCCUUCACUGAUGCAGAGAGAAGCUCCACCCCCUCCACCACCCCCUCCAAUCUGUUUGUGGCAUCUGUGUUGCUGGAGCCGGAGUUAGGCCUGACCCCCAUGCCCUCCCCAGCUCACCAGAGCUACGGGACUAUGGCCAGCUCCCAGGACAGAGAGGAGCAAGAGGAGGAGGAAGACCAGGUUGAGACUGUCGAGACAGAGCUCCAGGACCCUCCAAACCCCUAUUACUCCAGCCCCCUCAUGGACAGCCCAGUGGGCUACCAGUGACUCACCCCCCUCCCUAACCUCCAUACCGUCUCCUAUUUGUAAGAGAGAAAGAUGUUUUUUUUAAACCCUUGUUUUACCCUCUUCCACAUCCAAGCCCCUCUGACUGUACAAUGUUUGUGAGGGACCCUUUUGGAUUUUGUGUUUGGAGGUUCUUUGGAACCAAAGGCUGAAAUAGGUUCUUCCCCAGCCCAGUGGAGGGGAUGUGGGGGCUUCAUCUUAAAUAAACAAUACGGAGGAUACUUCAAACAAAAGUGCAUCUGUAGUUUUCUGACUACUUCAUGUCUCCCUUUUUUCCCUCUAUAAGUGAAUGAACUUUACCAUACUGUAUGUGACCUGACUGGGAGUGACUGUGUAGUGAAGGACACUAUCUUUGUGUACCACUGGGAAAGGAGUAGGGAUGAAUUUCAGCAGUUCAGUGGGUUUUAACCCAACGACCCUACUAGACAGAGUGGUCUUGGCUCUGGGGGAUCUGGCUCUAGUGGGGUAGAGCUCUGCGAGGCAGGGCUGCGGGUCGGGAUCAAGCCAUCUGCAGUGGGAGAACAGGACAGAUGGAGGGAAGGCAGAGUGGAACUCCGAGCUCUAACACCCUAUGGAGGGGAAGGGACAACGGGUCUGAUACUAUUGCAUUUAUUGUCAAGGUUCUUGUUUUUGCUCUUCUCUACUGUCAGUUGUAUGUGAUAUUAUUGUGCUGAGGGGCGGACUGUGUGUAUUGUUUAAUAAUUUAUGUAUAGUGCCAUCCCUUUUUAUUAAUGUUUAUCAAUGACUGUUAUUAUGAGAACAUCAUAGUUGUGUUCAGUAGGAGGAAAUGGGAGAAAAGAUUUCAAAACAGAAAACAAAAAGGAGUACUCUUAUUGGACAAGUUCAGGGAGCACCUGAAGUCCUCAAUUUUUAGAACAUUAACAUUAUCUCCAAUUGACUUGGGUUUUAAAACAUUGUGCGUAAAGGUCCGGCCGUAAAAAUAGUCUUGAAAAGAUACUAGUAGUACCCUAUUGCAUCAUGGUUUCAGUAGUCCAAACCAGUCGUCCGCUCCACUGCAUGUUGCAAACGUAUACAUUGUAAUACUCCAUGUCCACCCAUCAAACUAAAGACUCGGCUGACCUCACUGUUUGAUUCAAUCAUACAGUAACCUUUGCUAGUUUUGUAUUGCGAGUGUUUUGCUGCUCGGGGGAGAGGUUUCCAUGCCAAACUAAAUGGAAACUGAUUGAGUUUUGUCAUUGUGCUCUCUUGCUGUGCCUUGAAGAAAAACUCACUAUGUUGCAUGGACUGAACUGAAGAGCAGGGAAAAGCGGGAGACCGAUUCAAACAUACACGCAUAUGUGCACAUUCUGGCCAUAGUUCUAUCCAACGCAAUUGAUAGCUAUUAUCCUACUCCCUACUUUAUGUGAGCAGCCAUCUUCCUGUGUACUGUGUGUCAUACAGUUCCGUCAACCAAUAGACAAGCAGCAGACCUGGGUUCAAUAAAGUACAUGCAUAUAAGUCUUUAGUAAAAGUUGUAUUUUCUGAGUUUUGAAUAUUUUCUAAUGUAGCUGAAUGGUACUACCUUUUCUUGAAGUAUUAGAAAGUAUAUUCUAAUAGUUUCCUAUAAAUAGCCUACUUUUUUGACAUGCUUAUUUCCAAAUACAUUUAUUUAAAACAUUUAAAAAUGUAACCUAAAGGACAAGGUUCGAAUGCAUGGAGUAUUUAAAUGCACUUGUCUGUGUAUUUGAGGAUUUUCAAGUACAUGCCAAUACUUCCAAAUACAUUCAAAUAUUGAACUACUUAUUUUCAAGGAAAACACAUCGACAUACUUGCUUCAAAAUGUCUUUGAAAGUAAUUGAAAUAGUCUUUGAACCCAGGUCUGUCGAGCAGUGUGCUCCACAAACCACCGAGCUAAUGAUGUUGACUGAUUAUGUGCAGACUAUUUGCUAGUCUGAUGGGGUUUUUCAAUGGAAGCAUUUGGUUUGUGGCUUAAGGUGCCUUGUUGUCGGUGUCUUUGCAGUUUCUAUUCUGUGAUCAUAUAUUCAAGCUCUUUGUCGAUGAUAUAAUGGGAUUUGAACGUUGAUUCUCUGGUGUCUUUUCCCUUCCUAUGAGUUGAUUAUAAGCUGUAGUUACAGUACCAGUCAAAAGUUUGGAUACACCUACUCAUUCAAGGGUUUUUCUUUAUUUUUACUAUUUUCUACAUUGUAGAAUAAUAGUGAAGACAUUAAAACUAUGGAAUCAUGUAGUAACCAUAAAAGUGUUCUUCAAAGUAGCCACCCUUUGCCUUGAUGAUAGGUUUGCACACUCUUGGCAUUCUCUCAGCCAGCUUCAUGAGGAAUGCUUUUCCAACAGUCUUGAAGGAGUUCCCAUAUAUGCUGAGCACUUGUUGGCUGCUUUUCCUUCACUCUGCGGUCCAACUCAUCCCAAACCAUCUGAAUUGGGUUGAGGUCUUGUGAUUGUGGAGGCCAGGUCAUCUGAUGCAGAACUCCCAUCACUCUCCUUCUUGGUCAAAUAGCCCUUACACAAACUGGAGGUAUGUUAGGUCAUUGUCCUCUUAAAAAAAAACAAAUGAUAGUCCCACUAAGCGCAAACCAGUGGGUUGGCAUAUCGCUGCAGAAUGCUGUGGUAGCCAUGCUGGUUUAAUUGUGCCUAAAAUUCUAAAUAAAUCAGUGUCACCAGCAAAGCACGCCCACACCAUCACACCACCACCUCCAUGCAUCACGGUGGGAACCACAUGACAUCAAGGCAAAGGGUGGCUACUUUGAAGAAUCUCAAAUAUAAAAUAUAUUUGGAUUUGUUUAACACUUUUUUUUGGUUACUACAUGAUUCCAUUUGUGUUAUUUCACAGUUCUAAUGUCUUCACUAUUAUUUUACAAUGUAGAAAAUAGUUUUUAAAAAUAUAGAAAAAUCUUUGAAUGAGUAGGUGUGUCCAAACUUUUGACUGGUACUGUAUGUUUUGUCAUGUUGUCAUCAUUCAUAUAUUGUGGUUUUUGGUUUUUCCUGAACCCAAAGGAAGCUACAUAAUGUAUAUAAUAGUACUCCAAAAUUCAAACGGUAUAAUUGUCAACCUAAGUAAUGUCCAGUGUACUUUAGUGCAGCCCUGUGAAGGUAGUAUAUUCUUGAUAUACUCUGUCUUUUUGAAAUAGUGUUUGUCAGAAGUGAUUUUGAGAAACGGAAGGAAUAUUAUAGGAUAAAUGUACUGUGUCUCAUAAAAUCAAAGUUAUUUGUUUGAUUUGAGGGGGGAAUAGAAUUGUGUUUUAUGAACAAAUGUUAAGCAUAACAAGAAACCAACCUUUUGGCCACACACAAACUGUGUAGGCCUAGGCUACCAUCAAAUCAAAUGUAUUCAUACAGCCCUUCGUACAUCAGCUGAUAACUCAAAGUGCUGUACAGAAACCCAGCCUAAAACCCCAAACAGCAAGCAAUGUAGGUGUAGAAGCACGGUGGCUAGGAAAAACUCCCUAGAAAGGCCAAAACCUAGGAAGAAACCUAGAGAGGAACCAGGCUAUGUGGGGUGGCCAGUCCUCUUCUGGCUGUGCCGGGUGGAGAUUGUAACAGAACAUGGCCAAGAUGUUCAAAUGUUCAUAAAUGACCAGCAUGGUCAAAUAAUAAUAAUCACAGGCAGAACAGUUGAAACUGGAGCAGCAUCACGGCCAGGUGGACUGGGGACAGCAAGGAGUCAUCAUGUCAGGUAGUCCUGAGGCAUGGUCCUAGGGCUGAGGUCCUCUGAGAGAGAGAAAGAAAGAGAGAAUUAGAGAGAGCAUACUUAAAUUCACACAGGACACCGGAUAGGACAUGAGAAGUACUCCAGAUAUAACAAACUGACCCUAGCCCCCCGACACAUAAACUACUUCAGCAUAAAUACUGGAGGCUGAGAUAGGAGGGGUCAGGAGACACUGUGGCUCCAUCCGAGGACACCCCCGUAAAGGGCCAAACAGGAAGGAUAUAACCCCACCCACUUUGCCAAAGCACAGCCCCCACACCACUAGAGAGAUCUCUUCAACCACUAACUUACCAUCCUGAGACAAGGCCGAGUAUAGCCCACAAAGUUCUCCGCCACGGCACAACCCAAGGGGGGGUGCCAACCCAGAAAGGAAGAUCACAUCAGUGACUCAACCCACUCAAGUGACACACCCCUCCUAGGGACGGUAUGAAAGAGCCCUAGUAAGCCAGUGACUCAGCCCCUGUAAUAGGGUUAGAGGCAGAGAAUCCCAGUGGAAAGAGGGGAACCGGCCAGGCAGAGACAGCAAGGGCGGUUCGUUGCUCCAGAGCCUUUCCGUUCACCUUCACACUCCUGGGCCAGACUACACCCAAUCAUAUGACCCACUGAAUAGAUGAGUCUUCAGUAAAGACUUAAAGUUUGAGACCGAGUUUGCGUCUCUCACAUGGGUAGGCAGACCAUUCCAUAAAAAUUGAGCUCUAUAGGAGAAAGCCCUUCCUCCAGCUGUUUGCUUAGAAAUUCUAGGGACAAUUAGGAGGCCUGCGUCUUUUGACCGUAGCGUACGUGUAGGUAUGUACGGCAGUACCAAAUCAGAGAGAUAGGUAGGAGCAAGCCCAUGUAAUGCUUUGUAGGUUAGCAGUAAAACCUUGAAAUCAGCCCUUGCCUUGACAGGAAGCCAGUGUAGGGAGGCUAGCACUGGAGUAAUAUGAUCACAUUUUUUGGUUCUAGUCAGGAUUCUAGCAACCGUAUUUAGCACUAACUAAAGUUUAUUUAGUGCUUUAUCCGGGUAGCCGGAAAGUAGAGCAUUGUAGUAGUCUAAUCUAGAAGUGACAAAAGCAUGGAUUAAUUUUUCUGCAUCAUUUUUGGACAGAAAGUUUCUGAUUUUUGCAAUGUUACGUAGAUGGAAAAAAGCUGUCCUUGAAACAGUCUUGAUAUGUUCUUCAAAAGAGAGAUCAGGGUCCAGAGUAACGCUGAGGUCCUUCACAGUUUUAUUUGAGACGACUGUACAACCAUUAAGAUUAAUUGUCAGAUUCAACAGAAGAUCUCUUUGUUUCUUGGGACCUAGAACAAGCAUCUCUGUUUUGUCCGAGUUUAAAAGUAGAAAGUUUUCAGCCAUCCACUUCCUUAUGUCUGAAACACAUGCUUCUAGUGAGGGCAAUUUUGGGGCUUUACCAUAUUUCAUUGAAAUGUACAGCUGUGUGUCUUCCGCAUAGCAGUGAAAGUUAACAUUAUGUUUUCGAAUGACAUCCCCAAGAGGUCAAAUAUAUAGUGAAAACAAUAGUGGUCCUAAAAUGGAACCUUGAGGAACACCGAAAUUUACAGUUAAUUUGUCAGAGGACAAACCAUUCACAGAGACAAACUGAUAUCUUUCCGACAGAUAAGAUCUAAACCAGGCCAGAACUUGUCCGUGUAGACCAAUUUGGGUUUCCAAUCUCUCAAAAAGAAUGUGGUGAUCGAUGGUAUCAAAAGCAGCACUAAGGUCUAGGAGCACGAGGACAGAUGCAGAGCCUCGGUCUGAUGCCAUUAAAAGGUCAUUUACCACCUUCACAUGGGGUCUAAAACCAGACUGAAGCAUUUCGUAUACAUUGUUUGUCUUCAGGAAGGCAGUGAGUUGCUGCGCAACAGCCUUUUCUAAAAUUCUUGAGAGGAAUGGAAGAUUCGAUAUAGGCCUAUAGUUUUUUAUAUUUUCUGGGUCAAGGUUUGGCUUUUUCAAGAGAGACUUUAUUACUGCCACUUUUAGUGAGUUUGGUACACAUCAGGUGGAUAGAGAGCCGUUUAUUAUGUUCAACAUAGGAGGGCCAAGCACAGGAAGCAGCUCUUUCAGUAGUUUAGUUGGAAUAGGGUCCAGUAUGCAGCUUGAAGGUUUAGAGGCCAUGAUUAUUUUCAUCAUUGUGUCAAGAGAUAUAGUACUAAAACACUUGAGUGUCUCUCUUGAUCCUAGGUCUUGGCAGAGUUGUGCAGACUCAGGACAACUGAGCUUUGAAGGAAUACGCAGAUUUAAAGAGGAGUCCGUAAUUUGUUUUCUAAUAAUCAUGAUCUUUUCCUCAAAGAAGUUCAUGAAUUUAUCACUGCUGAAGUGAAAGCCAUCCUCUCUUGGGGAAUGCUGCUUUUUAGUUAGCUUUACGACAGUAUCAAAAAUACAUUUCGGAUUGUUCUUAUUUUCCUCAAUUAAGUUGGAAAAAUAGGAUGAUCGAGCAGCAGUAAGGGCUCUUUGAUACUGCACGGUACUGUCUUUCCAAGCUAGUUGGAAGACUUCCAGUUUGGUGUGGCGCCAUUUCCAUUCCAAUUUUCUGGAAGCUUGCUUCAGAGCUCGGGUAUUUUCUGUGUACCAGGGAGCUAGUUUCUUAUGAGAAAUGUUUUUAGUUUUUAGGGGUGCAACUGCAUCUAGGGUAUUGCGCAAGGUUAAAUUGAGUUCCUCAGUUAGGUGGUUAACUGAUUUUUGUCCUCUGAGAUGUUCAUAGUGGAGAGCACCACAAUAAAAUCAGUUUGAAUAGAGAAACCCCAACCCAGAAGUCCCCUAAGAUCACCAAACGUGUGCUCUGAAUUCAGCAGGUUUUUACACAGGUCAUACAGUUCUUUAACAUGUUCUUAUAAGAAAAUAAUCAUGUUUUUUUUAUGAUGGUCACAACAGUUGAUUCCAUUUCAUUUCAGGUAAUCAUGUGCAAACAUCAAAAAGUUCAAGAACCAAACUUUCUUCAUGUCCCAAUAACAUUGCGAGGAGGAAAUGUACUUGUAAAACCCACAGAUUUGAUGCUAAAUGAGCUCUAUUGUUCCUCUGUCAUUUGUGCUCAUACAUCAGAUGCUCUUCACAUGGGCGCUCCGGCUCUGUUUUGGGAAUACAGUGGUUUUCCAGACUUUGCUCAAGCUCUUAUUUUCGUCCUUUACGGGAAACUGCUGUGUUCUUUCUGAAAUACUACUUAUAGAUUUCUCUGAAGCAUCUACUUUCGCAGGGAAAUAAAGUAAAACUAACAUUAUGUCA